AUGGACACAGAAGAGACGGUGCCAGAUGGUGAGGAGACAAGUGUCUCACAAAGUGAGAAGCCAUCAUCUGAAGAUCUUGAGGAGAACACGAAAGAGGCUGUGUCUCUGGGGACAGAGAAGGAAUCAUCUGCUGCCCCUGAAGAAGGUGAACAGUUGACCUCUGGUGACAAGAAUGCUGGGGGGCCCGAAGAAGCUGAGAGUGUCAGGGAGACUGGUGACCAACAGCCUGCCCGUCUACCACCUAGUCAACCCAAGGACUUUACCAAAGAUUCCAAGUCGGAUUCAGCGAAAGCCCAGGUGCCCAGUGACCUUCCAAGGUUGCCAAACAAACCCUACAGCCAAGAGCGGUCACGGGACAGAGACCGAUCUCACGACCACUACAGAGACCGGUCAGAUGAUAGAGAUAGAUACAGGUCACAUGACCGGGACAGAGACAGGUCAUAUGACCAUGAUAGGUCACGUGACCGGGGCUAUGACCGAGAUCGUGACCGGCAUGAGCAGCAUCGAUCUGAUCGAGAUCGGUAUGGUGGACACGGUGGUGGUGGUCACCGCUAUGAUGACCGGAGGUAUCCCAGUGACAAUAGAAAUUACAACAGAUACCAAGGUGGUCAUGAUAGAAAUCAAGGAGGUUACCAUGGAAAUCAGCAUCAACAAGGAGGUUACCGUGACAACUAUGGUAACCAAAGAGAUAGAUAUGGCCAGAGCCGAGGUCAAGGUUACCAUGGAAACCGUGACUACCGAGGCAGGGGAGGACAAGGUUACCGUGGCAACUACUAG